AUGUACCUCAAGUGGAGAAGGCCGUGGGGGGAGAGUAGGGACGUGGAGAAGGCUGCAGGGAGGUGUAAAUCCGUGGGGAAGGCCGCGGGGAGGGGCAGGGACGUGGAGAAGGCUGUGGGGAGGGGCAGGGAUGUGGAGAAGACCGUACAACUGAAUAUGACCUUCAUCUUUACUCCAAGAAACAUUUCAGACACAGACUACCAAAGCAUGCACACGUUUGUCUUGACUAUCUUCAACACAGGAGGAGCACCAGCUAAUCCUGUGAAGCAGCUGACAGGACCAGCUGGUUGUGCCACAGUGACAGCCAAGUUAAGCACUGUUCGGGACAACUUUAUGGACUACAGAUGUCUCAGCAAUAGCAAAGUUCGUUAUCAAACUGAUGACAACAUAUGCUUGGAGUGUCCAUCAGGUCAGUACAGGUCAGGUGGUAUGUGUCACCUGUGUCCACUGGGGACAUACCAGGACAUGCAGGACCAGACCAGUUGUACGCAGUGUCCAGCAGGAACAUGGACAUACAGCAUGGGCAGCAAUAAGAGACAGGACUGUAGGGCCACCUGUGGCAAUGCCGCUGGGUUCAUGUCUGACACCAGAUUGCCGCCGUGCAUGGAGUGUCCUGUGAACUCGUACUCCGUGAACAGCACGUACUGCGAGCAGUGUCCUGGUGGGACUGUCACACACGGCACUGGCAAGGACAAUGUCACAGACUGUGAAUUGGCCUGUCCCCUGGGUUAUUACUCCUUUGAUGGGUUCUUCCCGUGCCAGGCCUGUCCCCGGGGAUUCUACCAGGAUACCAAGCAGAGCCUGUCCUGUCAGGAGUGUCCAGCCAAUACCACCACUCUGAUGACUGCGGCCACUCACCUUGACAACUGUACUGAUAUUGCAACCACAGUGUGUACUAACACCACCUGUGCCAACAUGGGCACCUGUUACCCCCAGGGUCACACCUACUACUGCAUGUGUCCAGCAGGUUAUACUGGUCGUCACUGCGAGGUGAUGAUCAACCACUGCGACUCUAUGCCAUGCCACUAUGGCGCCCAGUGUACGCCUGUCGUAGAUGGCUUCACCUGCAACUGCAGCACUCCUAACAAGGCAGGAGAAACAACCUACACUGGUCUGAGAUGUGAGAAUGAAACCAGUCAGUGCAGUAACGGGACUGGUUUCCCCAUCCACGAUUGCAAGAAUGACGCCAUGUGUCAGGACCUGGAAGCAGGCUUCAACUGUCUGUGUCUGUCCACGGGAAGUUUCACUGGAGACAAGUGUGAGACAACCAGAAACAUUUGCCUCGAGGAACAAUGUCAGAAUGGAGCUGCUUGUAUGCCUAUCGGAGCCACAGCCAUCAGACGAGAGUGCCUAUGUCGGCCAGGCUAUACUGGAUAUGAAUGUGAAACCAUGAUAGAUUACUGUCUGUCCAACCCCUGUCAACAUCUUAUAUGA